AUGCAAGACGCGAAACCGGCUCAGAGGAAGCUAACGCGACAUUCUGAAUUCUGGUUCUCCGACGGGUCUAUCGUUCUCCUCGCCAACGAUGUAUUGUUUCGCGUGCAUAAGUCAUUCCUUGCGCGACAUUCACUAGUCUUCCGGGAUAUGUUCUCUUUGCCCCAGCCAUCGGCUGUGUUAGAGGAGAAUCUGCCACCCACCAUGAGGUGCAGCCUGAGUGGGACGAGUGGCAGCAGGACGAGUCUUUCGUCCUUGCCCGAAGACCUGCUCUCUGAUCUGGCUGCUGACAAUGGCGAGGCUACGUUGGAUGGAUGCCCUGUUGUACCGUUGCAUGACUCCCCCGACGACGUCGCGAGUCUGUUAUAUGCUCUCUACGACGGCCCCAAGUUCGACAACAACUCGAGCGAAGAUUUCCGUGUCGUUUCAGGCAUUCUGAGACUUGCAAGUAAAUACGAGAUUGACGGACUCCGGUCGCGUGCGCUUGAGCAUUUGAGCGUAGCUUGGCCUGCAACGUUGAAGGGAUGGGAUGCGCGCGAGGAGUUUCUUGGGAACGCUGGUGGAAGUGUGGAAGAGCCAAGAUUUUAUCCUAAUCCAGUGGAGGUUAUUAAUCUUGCACGCGAAGUUAACGCUCCAAACCUUUUACCUUCCGCUUUCUAUGACCUUUCGCGAUACCCACUCGAGCACAUCUUUCAGAACAGCCAGGGAUCUAUCCCAGCGUUACCACAGUCAGACCGAACGGCUCACACCGAGCUCUCCCUCACCGAUACCCAGCGCCUCGCACUUGGCAAAGAAACGUCACAUUGCGCAGUGACCGCCCUCAUCCGCAGUCUCGCAACCGAAGCGCGUUCCAAUCCAUCACACCAUACGCAAAGCCACUCAAUUAUCGGUCACCACGCACGUGGAUUUGCCGCACGCCACCAACACAGGCGGUCCGACUCCGCUGCAGGAGUGGGAAGGUGCGCGUCUCCAGCAACGUGCUGGCGAGACGUCUGCGAGCUCGUUGAUCUCGCAACACAGCAUUACCUAUUCGAUCGCGAACGAGGUGCUUCGGAUCCUCUAUACGUCGCCGAGGAACUUGCACUUCUCAAGAGCUCAGGCGACGUGUCUUAUCCAUCUGAGCGAAGUGACCUCCUCGGCGGCAGGAACGGAGGUGGAGGUGGAGGGACACAUGGCGGUGUUGGGAUGGGGUUGUUAGAUGAGGAUUUGGGUGAGGCGGGGACGUGUAGGGCUUGUUCGCGUGCUUUUGAGGUGUGGGCGACGAAGGAGCGAGAGAGGCUUUGGAGGGCGAUACCUGGGUGGUUCAAGCUUGAUCAAUGA